CCUGUCGCAGCCGCAGCCCGCUGCUCUCUGCCGGGCUGCGGGCUGUGACUGAGCCCCGCAUGAGCCCUGAUCACACAACACCCUGUUCACACAGGUGAGGACGAGAAGCAACGCAGAGCAGGACACCAUGCUAACCCUAACCCAGGACACCAUGCUAACCCUAACCCAGGACACCAUGCUAGCAUCAAGUUCUGCUUCUUGUUGAUAACUCUCACUUCCGCAAAGUCACGUGGUCUAUCAGCUGGGGGUUAACGCUUUCCUGCCCGAAGUGGAGCUUUUCUUUGUGAAUUUCUAUUUAAAUAUGCUGUUAAAAGUAUUAAUUAUAAAUAAAGCAGAUGUCUGUUUUCAUGUGAAUAAAAUAACUUACUCAAAAAUAACAUUCAAGUAAUUGUUCAAACGAAACCAAACCAGCGGUUCUGUUCUGAACGUUUUUAUCUAAUAAGGUGACUUUUUCCUGGUGGAGGGAGUGACCGAGGUUCCCCUGCUGGUGGGAUGCGACCACAUGGACAUCACUCCACAGAUACCAACACCACGGCCGGGAGAGGAGGAGAAGAAGAAGAAGAAGAAGAAGAAGAAGAAGAAGAAGAAGAAGAAGAAGAAGAAGGAGAAGAAGGAGAAGAAGAAGAAGAGGCAGAAUAAGAGGCAGAGAGCCAGGCAGCUCAGCAGAGCCAGUGUGCUGCCUGCCUCAGUGAACACAGCGCGGAGAGGUGGAAGAGUUGACAUCAAAGUCACUGGAUUAUUAUUAUUAUUAUUAUCAUUAUUAUCAUUAUUAUUAUCAUUAUUAUCAUCAUCACAGUCACUGACGGCUGGAUCUCUGCCACAGUCAUGUUGCUCUAGCCGGUCCAGAGAAAGCUGAACACCGAGCGUUUCACCACGACCGAGUUGUUCUCUGUGUGUGUCAUCAACAUGUCGGACAAGAUGUCCAGCUUCCUACACAUCGGGGACAUCUGCUCCCUGUAUGCAGAAGGAUCCACCAAUGGCUUCAUCAGCACUCUGGGCUUGGUGGAUGACCGCUGUGUCGUCCAACCCGACGCGGGAGACCUCAACAACCCUCCAAAGAAGUUCAGAGACUGUCUGUUCAGACUGUGUCCCAUGAACCGCUACUCUGCCCAGAAGCAGUUCUGGAAAGCGGCAAAGCCUGGAGGGAACACGGACACGGUGCUCCUCAACAAGCUCCAUCAUGCAGCUGACUUGGAGAAAAAGCAAAAUGAUUCUGAAAACAAAAAGCUGCUUGGAACAGUAAUUCAGUACGGGAAUGUCAUUCAGCUCCUCCACCUGAAGAGCAACAAAUACCUGACGGUGAACAAGCGUCUGCCUGCGCUGUUAGAGAAGAACGCCAUGAGGGUGAUGUUGGACACCGCCGGAAAUGAAGGCUCCUGGUUCUACAUCCAGCCCUUCUACAAACUUCGCUCCAUCGGGGACAGUGUGGUGAUCGGGGACAAAGUGGUCCUUAACCCAGUGAACGCUGGUCAGCCGCUCCAUGCCAGCACACACCAGCUUGUGGAUAAUCCAGGAUGCAAUGAGGUGAACUCGGUCAACUGUAACACCAGCUGGAAGAUUGUCUUGUUCAUGAAAUGGGGCGACAAUCAAGAGAUCAUCCUAAAAGGGGGUGACGUUGUACGGUUAUUUCAUGCAGAGCAAGAGAAAUUCCUCACCUGUGAUGAUCACAGAAAAAAACAAUAUGUUUUUCUUCGCACUACUGGACGUCAGUCAGCUACCUCGGCAACCAGCAGCAAAGCCCUUUGGGAGAUAGAGGUUGUACAGCAUGAUCCAUGUCGAGGGGGGGCCGGCUACUGGAACAGCCUGUUCAGGUUCAAACAUCUGGCCACUGGACACUACCUGGCUGCAGAGGUGAAUCCAGAUUAUGAAGAGGAGUGCCUGGAGUCCCGCUCCUCACUGGACUCGGAGCAAGAAGCCUUACGAGCCCGUUUGAGAAAUGUCCAGGACAAAGUCAUGUACACCCUUGUGUCUGUACCUGAUGGGAAUGACAUCUCUUCCAUAUUUGAGCUUGACCCUACGACAUUAAGAGGAGGAGACUCACUGGUACCCAGGAACUCCUAUGUGCGACUCAGGCACUUGUGCACAAACACAUGGGUUCACAGCACCAACCAACCAAUUGACAAGGAGGAGGAAAAGCCCGUCAUGCUGCGCAUCGGCACCUCAUCAUUGAAGGAGGACAAAGAGGCUUUUGCCAUUGUGCCCGUCUCCCCUGCUGAAGUGAGAGACCUUGACUUUGCCAAUGAUGCCAGUAAAGUGCUAGCCUCUAUUGCUGGAAAGCUGGAAAAAGGAACCAUCACCCAGAAUGAGAGGAGAGCCGUUACCAAGCUACUGGAGGAUCUGGUGUUCUUUGUGGUUGAUAUUCCCAACAACGGACAGGAUGUUCUAGAGAUCAUGGUCAACAAACCCAACAGGGAACGACAGAAACUCAUGAGGGAACAGAAUAUUCUCAAACAGAUCUUCAAGCUGCUGCAAGCUCCAUUCACAGACAGUGGGGAUGGGCCCAUGCUGCGACUGGAGGAGCUGGCCGACCAGCGUCAUGCCCCCUUCAGACACAUCUGCCGCCUGUGCUACCGUGUUUUGCGUCACUCUCAGCAGGACUAUCGCAAGAACCAGGAGUAUAUCGCCAAACAGUUUCGCUUCAUGCAGAAACAGAUUGGCUAUGAUGUCUUGGCUGAGGACACAAUCACAGCUCUGCUCCAUAAUAACCGCAAGCUGCUGGAGAAACACAUCACUGCUGCAGAGAUCGACACGUUUGUUAGCCUGGUCCGCAAGAACCGUGAGCCCAGGUUCCUGGACUACCUGUCAGACUUGUGUGUUUCAAUGAAUAAGUCCAUCCCUGUGACACAGGAGCUCAUCUGUAACGCAGUGCUGGAUCCAGCUAACGCAGACAUCCUCAUAGAAACUAAACUCGUACUGUCGAGAUUUGAGAUCGAGGGAGCGACGCUCGGGGAGAACUCUGUGGAGUCUGAGGAGGACGAGGAGGAGGUGUGGUUGUUCUGGAAUGACAGCAGUAAAGAGAUCCGCAGUAAAAGCAUUAGGGAGCUGGCUCAGGAUGCCAAGGAGGGCCAGAAGGAGGACCAGGAGGUGGUCAGUUAUUACAGGUACCAGCUGAACCUGUUUGCCAGGAUGUGUUUAGACCGCCAGUACCUGGCAAUCAACAAGAUCUCUGGUCAGCUAGAUGUGGACCUGAUCUUGCGAUGCAUGUCAGAUGAAGAUCUGCCCUAUGAUCUGCGGGCCUCCUUCUGCCGCAUGAUGCUGCACAUGCAUGUAGAUCGUGAUCCUCAGGAGCAGGUUACACCUGUCAAAUACGCUCGACUCUGGUCUGAGAUCCCCUCAGAGAUUGACAUUGAUGACUACGACAAUGAUGGAACAUCUAAAGAUGAAAUUAAGGAGCGAUUCUGUCUGACUAUGGAGUUUGUUGAGAACUACCUGAGAGACGUGGUGUGUCAGAGCUUCCCUUUUGCAGACAAAGAGAAGAACAAGCUCACCUUUGAGGUGGUGAAUCUGGCCAGGAACCUGAUUUAUUUUGGCUUCUACAACUUCAGUGACCUACUGAGACUUACCAAGAUCCUGCUGGCUAUUUUAGACUGUGUCCAUGUGAGCACAAUUUUCCCUUUCAACAAGAUGGACAAAGAAGAAGAAGAAGAAGAGAGUAAAGGCAGCAAUGUGAUGAGGUCCAUUCAUGGUGUCGGAGAGCUGAUGUCCCAAGUGGUCCUGAGAGGAGGGGGCUUCCUACCGACAACUUUAAACACCAGCUCCAAUGGAGUCACAGUCAAGACCCAGACUGAGCCUGAGAAACAGGACAUAUUGGUCAUGGACACCAAGCUUAAGAUCAUUGAGAUCCUGCAAUUCAUCUUGAAUGUGCGCCUGGACUACAGGAUUUCCUGUCUGCUGUCUAUAUUUAAGAGGGAGUUUGAUGAGAGUAACUCUCAGAGUGAAUUUUCUGUAACUGGAGCAGUGGAAGGACCGAACAACAUGCCAGGUGCUUUGGAUUUUGAGCACAUAGAAGAGCAGGCAGAGGGGAUAUUUGGUGGAAGUGAAGAGAACACCCCACUGGACCUGGACGAUCAUGGUGGCCGUACCUUCUUGAGGGUCCUUCUCCACUUGACCAUGCAUGACUAUCCUCCUCUGGUGUCCAGAGCCCUCCACCUGCUCUUUAGGCACUUCAGCCAAAGGCAGGAGGUCUUGCAGGCUUUUAAGCAGGUCCAGCUGCUGGUCACCAGCCAAGAUGUGGAAAAUUACAAGCAGAUAAAGUCAGACCUGGACCAGUUGCGCUCUAUCGUAGAGAAGUCUGAGCUCUGGGUGUACAAGAGGCAGGGGCCAGACGAGGGCAUGGAUGGGGGAGAGGGACUCUCUAAUGAGCCAGAGCAUAAAAAGGGAGAUUCAGUGGGCACAGACAAACCAAAGAAAGCAGAAAGCACCAGCAGUUACAACUACAGGGUGGUAAAGGAGAUCCUGCUGCGGCUCAGCAGGCUGUGUGUCCAAGAAGGUUUGUCAGGUAGGAAGAGCAGGAAGCAGCAGCAGAGGCUGCUGAGGAACAUGGGGGCGCAUGCUGUCGUCCUUGAGCUCCUACAGAUUCCCUACGAGAAGGGAGAAGAUUUGCGUAUGCAGGAUAUCAUGAAGCUUGCCCACCAGUUUCUACAGAAUUUCUGUGCAGGAAACCAGCAGAACCAAGCCCUGCUGCACAAGCACAUCAAUCUUUUCCUCAACCCAGGGAUUUUAGAAGCCAUCACCAUGCAGCAUAUCUUCAUGAACAACUUCCAGCUGUGCAGUGAGAUCAAUGAGCGUGUGGUUCAGCACUUUGUCCACUGCAUCGAAACACACGGCCGCAAUGUCCAGUACCUCAAGUUCCUUCAGACUAUUGUCAAAGCAGAGAAUAAAUUCAUCAAAAAGUGUCAGGACAUCGUAAUGGCAGAGCUGGUGAAUGCUGGCGAAGACGUUCUGGUCUUCUAUAAUGACCGCGCCUCCUUCCAGACACUGGUCCAGAUGAUGCGAUCAGAGCGGGACCGCAUGGAUGAGAACAGUCCUCUGAUGUACCACAUACACUUGGUGGAGCUGUUGGCUGUUUGCACUGAGGGCAAGAACGUCUACACAGAGAUCAAGUGUAACAGCCUGUUACCUCUGGAUGACAUAGUGCGGGUGGUGACCCAUGAGGACUGCAUCCCAGAGGUGAAGAUCGCCUAUAUCAACUUCCUGAACCACUGCUAUGUGGACACUGAGGUGGAAAUGAAGGAGAUCUACACCUCUAACCACAUGUGGAAACUCUUUGAGAACUUCCUGGUUGACAUUUGUAGAGUGUGCAACAACACAAGCGACCGUAAGCAUGCAGACAUCAUUCUGGAGCGCUAUGUGACGGAGACGGUCAUGGGCAUUGUAACGACUUUCUUCAGCUCGCCUUUCUCUGACCAGAGCACCAGCCUGCAGGCCUCUCUGUUGGGGAAAAUAUUUCAGACCAGGCAGCCAGUCUUUGUGCAGCUGUUGCAGGCAGUGUUCAGGGUCUACCAUUGUAACUGGUUGGUCCCAGUCCAGAAGGGCUCUGUUGAGACCUGCAUCAAGGUUCUCUCUGAUGUCGCCAAAGGCAGAGCAAUAGCCAUCCCUGUGGACCUGGACAACCAGGUGAACAACCUGUUUGUGAAAUCCAACAACAUUGUCCAGAAGACAGCAAUGAGCUGGAGACUCUCUGCUCGCAAUGCUGCUCGCAGGGACUCCGUGGUGACCGCUUCAAGGGACUACAGGAACAUCAUUGAGAGGCUGCAGGACAUUGUGUCUGCUCUGGAGGACCGUCUGCGUCCGUUGGUCCAGGCUGAGUUGUCAGUUCUGGUGGACGUGCUGCAUCGGCCCGAGCUGCUCUUCCCCGAAAACACAGACUCACGUAAGAAGUGUGAGAGCGGAGGUUUCAUAUGCAAGCUGAUCAAACAUACCAAGCAGCUGCUGGAGGAAAAUGAGGAGAGACUGUGCAUCAAAGUUCUGCAAACACUGAGAGAGAUGAUGACAAAAGACCGUGGCUACGGAGAGAAGCUCAGGGCCUUUGAUGAUGAGAUGGAUAUGCCUAAGCAGCUGGAUCUGAACCAGCCUGAGAAGUUGUUGGAGGACCAGAAGAGGGGCGAGGCGCUGAGACAGAUUCUGGUGAACCGUUACUAUGGCAACUUUUAUCGAAGUGGUGGGAGGAGGGACAGCCUGACGUCAUUUAGCAAUGGCCCCCUCAGUCCAGUUGGACCCGGCAAGAAUCAAUCAGCCUUAGGGGGUCCUGGUGGGCUGAGUCGUGCGGAAAUGAGCCUGGCAGAGGUGCAGUGUCACCUGGACAAAGAGGGAGCCUCUGAUCUGGUCAUUGACCUCAUCAUGAACACCACAAGUGACCGAGUUUUCCAAGAAAGCAUCCUCUUGGCUAUUGCAUUGCUUGAAGGUGGAAACACCACCAUCCAGCGUUCCUUCUUUUGCCGUCUGACAGAAGACAAGAAAUCAGAAAAGUUCUUCAGGGUCUUCUACGACCGUAUGAAGCUGGCCCAGCUGGAGAUCAAAGCCACGGUGACAGUAAAUACCAGCGACCUGGGAAACAGAAAGAGAGAUGAUGACAGCCAGGACAAAGACGUCCCUGUACGCAAAAAAGCUAGAGACUCAGCGGUGGUCAUGACUGAGGAUGUGAGAGAGCAGCUAUUAGAGGCCUCAACUGCCACCAAGAAGGCCUUUAACUCGUACCGGCGUGAAGCAGAACCUGAGGACCACUUCAACUCCGCCGACGGCCAACCCAGCACCGGGGACAAGAACCAGGAUGAGGGAGAAAUGAGUUUUGUAAUUGUUAUCAUGCAGCCCAUCCUUCGCUUCCUCCAGCUGCUUUGUGAGAAUCACAACCGGGACCUACAGAACUUCCUUCGCUGUCAAAACAACAAGAACAACUACAACCUUGUGUGUGAGACUCUUCAGUUCUUGGACUGUAUCUGCGGCAGCACCACAGGGGGCCUCGGCCUCCUGGGACUGUACAUAAACGAGAAGAACGUAGCCCUCAUUAACCAAACUCUGGAGAGUCUCACAGAGUACUGCCAAGGCCCCUGCCAUGAAAACCAGAAUUGCAUUGCCACUCACGAGUCCAAUGGAAUUGAUAUCAUUAUCGCCCUGAUCCUCAACGACAUCAACCCACUUGGUAAAAAGCGCAUGGACCUGGUGUUGGAGCUCAAGAACAAUGCAUCCAAGCUGCUGCUUGCAAUCAUGGAAAGCCGUCACGACAGUGAGAACUCAGAGAGGAUCCUGUACAACAUGAGGCCUAAAGAGCUGGUGGAGGUGAUAAAGAAAGCCUAUCUACAGGGAGAAGUAGAGUUUGAGGACACAAAGGAGGAGGACGAUAAUGGGGAAGAGGAAGAACACGAUGCUGCUUCCCCCCGAAAUGUUGGACACAACAUCUACAUUUUAGCUCACCAGUUGGCGCGUCAUAAUAAGGAGCUGUCCAUAAUGUUAAAGCCAGGAGGAGCCAAUGGAGAGGGAGAUGAGGCCUUGGAGUUCUACGCCAAACACACUGCUCAGAUAGAGAUUGUGCGCCAUGACCGCACCAUGGAGGAGAUAGUGUUCCCCGUGCCCAACAUCUGUGAGUUCCUGACCUGCGAGUCAAAGCUGCGAAUCUACUACACCACAGAGAGAGACGAGCAGGGCAGCAAGAUCAACGACUUCUUCCUGAGAGCAGAGGACCUCUUUAAUGAGAUGAACUGGCAGAAGAAACUCAGAGCUCAACCAGUGCUGUACUGGUGCUCCAGAAACAUGUCGGUGUGGAGUAACGUCUCCUUCAACCUGGCUGUGCUCAUGAACCUGCUCGUCUGCUUCUUCUACCCACUGGAGGGUGUACAUGCAGGUAUGCUGGAUCCCCACCUUUCUGCCCUGCUGUGGAUGGGAGUCUUGGCAACGAUGGUCAUCGUUAUCAUCAUGCCCCAACCUCUGGGCAUCCGUGCCCUUGUCAUUAUCACCAUCCUCCGUCUUAUCUUCUCUGUUGGCCUGGAGCCAACCCUCUUCCUUCUGGGUGCUUUCAAUGUGUGCAAUAAAAUCAUCUUCCUGAUAAGUUUCGUGGGGAACCGAGGAACCUUCACGCGGGGUUACAGAGCCAUGGUGUUUGACUUUGAGUUCCUCUACCACCUCAUGUACCUCAUCAUCUGCUCCCUGGGGGUGUUUGUUCACGUCUUUUUCUACAGUCUGCUGCUGUUUGACCUGGUUUACAGAGAAGAGACCUUGCUGAAUGUAAUCAAGAGUGUGACUCGAAAUGGACGCUCGAUUGUGCUCACCGCUGUGCUGGCUCUCAUCUUGGUCUACCUGUUCUCCAUCGUUGGCUACAUUUUCUUCAAAGACGACUUCAUCCUGGAGGUGGAUCGUAUCCCCAACACAACUCUAAAAAAUGAAGCCAGUUUGACCAGUGAGUUUCUGUCUGCAGCAAUGUGUCCGGGAGGGAUUAAUGAGAACUGCACCACAGAAGCCCUGCAGGAAGUUUUGGGGAAUGACGUUGAGGAGGACAGCAACAUGGAGCGGACGUGCGACUCUCUACUUAUGUGUAUCGUUACGGUGCUGAGUCAUGGCUUGAGGAGUGGAGGAGGUGUAGGGGAUGUACUCCGCAAGCCUUCCAAAGAGGAGCCCCUGUUUGCAGCCAGAGUGAUAUACGACCUGCUGUUCUUCUUCAUGGUCAUCAUCAUUGUCCUCAACCUCAUCUUUGGUGUAAUCAUAGACACCUUUGCUGACCUGAGGAGUGAAAAACAGAAGAAAGAAGAAGUCCUGAAGACUACUUGCUUCAUCUGCGGCCUGGAGCGGGAUAAGUUUGACAACAAGACGGUGACCUUUGAGGAGCACAUCAAAGAGGAGCACAACAUGUGGCACUACCUGUUCUUUAUUGUGCUGGUAAAAGUUAAGGACUCCACUGAAUACACAGGCCCUGAGAGCUACGUAGCUGAGAUGAUCAAGGAGCACAACCUGGACUGGUUCCCACGGAUGCGCGCCAUGUCACUGGUGAGCAGCGAUGCCGAGGGGGAGCAGAAUGAAAUCAGGAACCUGCAGGAGAAGCUUGAGUCGACCAUGAGGCUGGUUUCCAACCUGUCUGGACAGCUGACUGAGCUCAAGGAACAGAUGACAGAGCAGAGGAAGCAGAAGCAACGAAUUGGUCUUCUUGGUCAUCCCCCUCACAUGAACAUCAAUCCCCAGCAGCCUGCCUGAGGGCCCUUGGGGCCAGUAUCACCAGUGCCUUAGCACUUCUGUCAGUGCGCCACAUGUUAUACAGGAGAAUGCCAAAUCAUGUCCGUCUCCAGUAUGUAUUUCGGUCGAUGUCUGACUGUAUACUUCACCAGAAACUCCCACAAUAAGUGUUUCUACAAAAUGCGAGUGUCUGUGUGAAGUGAAAGUUAUCUGAGUAUGUAACUGGCUACCUGUAGAGUGGAUUUGUCUCUGUGGGUGGAGUGUUUACCAAGUGCCUCGGGACCUGAGAAGCCAAUCCUGUGGGUUAAGGUGAUGAAAACACUGACUUCAGCUUUACUACCCCGAAUGCCUUCUGCAUUUUAACAUAAUGACAGCAUGCCAAAGUUCAGACAUUGUUCCUGAGGGGGUAUUGCUCUCAAGUGGCCUUUUAUUGAGGUUUUUAAUCCUCAGUGUUGCACCAGCAAACUCAGGUCACAUGUGUAUUUAAAGGUUUGUAUGAACUCUGCAACACAUUUGUCUUUUGUCCGACAGCAAUAGGAUUACUUAAUAAUAUGCAAUGUCUAAAUAAGAACAAACUAUUUUUGGGAACUCGUAUGCGAUUUUUUAAAUUUGAAAUAUGGAGAUUAACAACCCCUGUAAAGAAUCCUGGAGAGGUCACCUUACCUUUUAAAGUCUCUUUAUGCUCUUCUAUCUAUUAAAUCUAUAGGUUUUCUUUCAUUCAUUAUCACUUUCACAUCUUUUGCAAUCACAAAUGAAGGUUCUUCUUGCUUCAGGACACUUUAGAUUAGAAAGGCUUUUGAGGGGACUUUGUUACUUGUUAAGAGAAAUAAUACUGACCUAACUUUUCUAUAACAAUCCAUGUGGACCUACUGUGGAGAAGGAGCAAACCAUGUGACUGCUUCACUCUGAAUGUGGUUCUAUGUUGUGCUUAAUGAUAGUGGUGAUAUGGAGGCACAUUGGAAGCACACUGUUAAACCAAACUUAAAUGAAUUUGGGAGAAACGUUAGAAUGUUAGUUAAAUUAGAUUUUUUUGUGCACUGAAUUAUAUAAUAUCUUCAUUCAUUUAGUCCUAAAGCACUGAUAUUUUCUGUAGCACACAAAUAAUUGUUAAGUCACUUUGUAGAAGACCCACUUGAGAAUGACUGUUUGAGUGUUUGAGUGUCUGUGAAGGGGAAAAAUGAAAAUAGUAGAUGUCAUUUGGAGUGCUGCUUGACCAAACUGAACUUUUGUACUAAUAGAUGGUUUGUGUCUGAAUUGUACAUUCUAUUCUUGGAGUCUAUUUAAAUAAACAAGUGUGUAA